GCACCACCUCGAAGCAUGUGGUGAUGCUGGCAGGCAACACGGCCAAACAUGGCCUCCGCUGCAAAGCCUGCAAGAUGAGCAUUCACCACAAGUGCGAGAAAGGAGUGGGAUCGCAACGCUGCCAAGGCAAGCUGGUAAGAACCUCAACAUCAUCACAGAAUUAAAUAUAGAACAAAAGUAUUAUAUAUACUGUAUCUCUAUGGACAUCAUCACCAGUGUCAUCAUUACUGCCGUCAACAAUGUCAUCAUCAAUGACAUCAUCACUGUCAUCAUCCAUAGAGUUACGUCUAUAUUCUAUCACUGUCAUUGUCAUCAGUGUCGUCAGUGUUCUCCCCAGCUAACCAGAGAACGUAUUGAAAAUGUAGUAUUAACAUCGUCGGUGCCAUCAAGCUCCCUUCGUGCCUACAGUAUUUCUCCUCGCAUUAAGCAUUAAUCCAAGGUCAAUAGGUCUGGCCUCGAGGAAUCUUUUUAUUACGUUGGAAUAUAUUGAAGUGCUAUAUGCCAUUCUGUUAGAAGUACACCAUGGGGAUUACAGCCUGUUGCUUAGUAUGAUUCACAUGUUCAUAUAGGCCUCCCGCAGUGGUCUAAGGCACUGCAUCGCAGUGCUAGCUGUGCCACUAGAGAUCCUGGUUCGAAUCCAGGCUCUGUUGUAGCCGGCCACGACCGGGAGACCCAUGGGGCGGCGCAUAAUUGGCCCUGCGUCGUCCAGGGUAGGGGAGGGAAUGGCUGGCAGGGAUGUAGCUCAGUUGGUAGAGCAUAGCGUUUGCAACGCCAGGGUUGUGGGUUCAAUUCCCACGGGGGGCCAGUAUGAAAAAUAAUGUAUGCAUUCACUAACUGUAAGUCGCUCUGGAUAAGAGCAUCUGCUAAAAUGAUUAUUUUUUAAACAGUCAUACCAGAUUAAAGCUGUGGUGUGGAACAUAUUGUGCAGCGAGGCAGGACUCCACAGAGGUUAAUGUACUCAUCACAAAGACAUGAAAGGUAGAUUAGUAAUGCGGUACUGCAAUGCCAUAGGAGUCAAUAAGCAGCUCAUAAAAAAUUCAGCAACAGGAUCAUCAAGGAUACAGUUUGUGAGAAAGUAAUCUACCAACUGAGACGUAAAAAUAUGUCUGUGAUAUAAUACUAGAAAAAGAAGAAUACUUUAUUGUCCAUUAUCUGACAGUGGCUUGCGAAAGUAUUCACCCCCCCUUGGCAUUUUUCCUAUUUUGUUGCCUUACAACCUGGAAUUAAAAUGGAUUCUUUGGGGGUUUGUAUCAUUUGAUUUACACAACAUGCCUACCACUUUGAAGAUGCAAAAUAUAUUUUUUUGUGAAACAAACAAGAAAACAGAAAACUUGAUUGUGCAUAACUAUUCACCCCCCCCAAAGUCAAUACUUUGUAGAGCCACCUUUUGCAGCAAUUACAGCUGCAAGUCUCUUGGGGUAUGUCUCUAUACGCUUGGCACAUCUAGCCACUGGGAUUCUUGCCCAUUCUUCAAGGCAAAACUGCUCCAGCUCCUUCAAGUUGGAUGGGUUCCGCUGGUGUACAGCAAUCUUUAAGUCAUACCAGAGAUUCUCAAUUGGAUUGAGGUCUGGGCUUUGACUAGGCCAUUCCAAGACAUUUAAAUGUUUCCCCUUAAACCACUCGAGUGUUGCUUUAGCAGUAUGCUUAGGGUCAUUGUCCUGCUGGAAGGUGAACCUCCGUCCCAGUCUCAAAUCUCUGGAAGACUGAAACAGGUUUCCCUCAAGAAUUUCCCUUAUUUAGCACCAUCCAUCAUUCCUUCAAUUCUGACCAGUUUCCCAGUCCCUGCCGAUGAAAAACAUCCCCACAGCAUGAUGCUGCCACCACCAUGCUUCACUGUGGGGAUGGUGUUCUCGGGGUGCUGCGAGGUGUUGGGUUUGCGCCAGACAUAGCAUUUUCCUUGAUGGCCAAAAAGCUCAAUAUUUGUCUCAUCUGACCAGAGUACCUUCUUCCAUAUGUUUGGGGAGUCUCCCACAUGCCUUUUGGCGAACACCAAACUUGUUUAAUUAUUUUUUUCUUUAAGCAAUGGCUUUUUUCUGGCCACUCUUCCAUAAAGCCCAGCUCUGUGGAGUGUACGGUUUAAUGUGGUCCUAAGGACAGAUACUCCAAUCUCCGCUGUGGAGCUUUGCAGCUCCUUCAGGUUUGUCUUUGGUCUCUUUGUUGCCUCUCUGAUUAAUGCCCUCCUUGCCUGGUCCGUGAGUUUUGGUGGGCUGCCCUCUCUUGGCAGGUUUGUUGUGGUGCCAUAUUCUUAAAAUUUUUUAAUAAUGGAUUUAAUGGUACUCCGUGGGAUGUUCAUAGUUUCUGAUAUUUUUUUAUAACCCAACCCUGAUCUGUACUUCUCCACAACUUUGUCCCUGACCUGUUUGGAGAGCUCGUUGGUCUUCAUGGUGCCGCUUGCUUGGUGGUGCCCCUUGUUUAGUGGUGUUGCAGACUCUGGGGCCUUUCAGAACAGGUGUUUAUAUACUGAGAUUAUGUGACAGAUCAUGUGACACUUAGAUUGCACACAGGUGGACUUUAUUUAACUAAUUAUGUGACUUUUGAAGGUAAUUGGUUGCACCAGAUCUUAUUUAGGGGCUUCAUAGCAAAGGGGGUGUGUCAUAAGGUGCUGAAGGUGGGUGUGGUGUAGGAAUCAGGCGCAGGACGCAGAGGCUCAGUUCAAAGGCUUUAGUGCAAAAUAUCCACAAACAAAAGCACAAUAAGCCUGAAGGCGAAUACCAGGCGCACACAGGCGACAAAAUAAACUGCGCACAAAACAUGUGCAAAGAAACCACUCCAAACACUGGAGGGAAAAAUGUAGCUCCAACACGUAACAGAGGCGCAAUCACACACAAACACAGACACACACAACGAGAACUAAAUAGAACACUAACGAGGACUAACUAGACACAGGUGUACAACAUUAAGACCAAACCAAACGAACAUGAAACAUAGAUCGGUGGCAGCUAGUACUCCGGGGACGACGACCGCCGAAGCCUGCCCGAACCAGGAGGAGGAGCAGCCUCGGCCGAAACCGUGACAGUACCCCCCCCUUGACGCGCGGCUCCAGCCGUGCGCCGACCCCGGCCUCGGGGACGACCAGGAGGACGCGGAGCAGGGCGCGCGGGAUGGUCCCGGUGGAACUCCGACAGGAGAGAUGGGUCUAGGAUGUCCCUCCGCGGCACCCAGCACCGCUCCUCCGGGCCGUACCCCUCCCACUCCACGAGAUACUGGAGACCCCCCAUCCGGCGUCUGGAGUCCAAGAUGGACCGAACGGUGUACGCCGGAGCCCCCUCGAUGUCCAAUGGGGGCGGAGGAGUCUCUCCUAUCUCAUUGUCCUGGAGUGGACCAGCUACCACCGGCCUGAGAAGAGACACAUGGAACGAGGGGUUAAUAUUCUUAUAUUCAACAGGUAGAUGUAACUUAUAACACACCUCGUUCAAUCUUCUCAGGACUUUAAAGGGCCCCACAAACCGCCGACCCAGCUUCCGGCAGGGCAGGCGGAGGGGUAGGUUUCUGGUAGAGAGCCAGACUCGAUCUCCGGGUGCGUACACCGGCCCCUCACUGCGGUGGAGAUCGGCGCUCGCCUUGUGACGACGGACGGCCCGCUGCAGGUGGACGUGGGCAGCGUUCCACGUCUCUUCCGAGCGCCUCAUCCAAUCAUCCACCGCAGGGGCCUCGAUCUGGCUCUGCUGCCACGGUGCCAGAACCGGCUGGUAACCUAAUACACAUUGGAAAGGGGUUAGGUUGGUAGAGGAGUGGCGGAGAGAAUUCUGGGCCAUCUCGGCCCAGGGAAUGUAACGCGCCCACUCCUCAGGCCGGUCCUGGCAAUAAGACCUCAGAAACCUACCCACAUCCUGGUUGACACGUUCUACCUGCCCGUUACUCUCCGGGUGGUACCCCGAGGUAAGGCUAACCGAGACCCCCAAACGCUCCAUAAACGCUCUCCACACCCGGGAGGUAAACUGGGGGCCCCGAUCAGACACUAUAUCCUCGGGGACCCCGUAAUGCCGGAAGACGUGGGUAAAUAGGGCCUCAGCAGUCUGUAGGGCAGUAGGAAGACCCGACAUAGGGAGAAGACGACAGGCCUUAGAGAAACGGUCCACAACGACCAGGAUGGUGGUAUUCCCCUGAGAGAGGGGAAGGUCUGUUACAAAAUCCACCGAGAGGUGGGACCAUGGUCGUUGUGGAACGGGUAGGGGCUGUAACUUACCCCUGGGCAGAUGUCGGGGCGCCUUACACUGGGCGCACACCGAGCAGGAGGAGACAUAAACCCUCACAUCCCUAGCCAAAGUGGGCCACCAGUAUUUAGUGCUAAGGCAAUGCACCGUCCGGCCGAUACCCGGAUGUCCAGAGGAGGGUGACGUGUGAGCCCAGUAAAUGAGUCGAUCCCGAAUCUCGAGCGGAACGUACUUCCGACCCUCAGGACACUGUGGAGGGCUGGGGUCGGUACGCAACGCUCGCUCGAUUUCGGAAUCGACCUCCCACACCACCGGUGCCACAAGGAACGACUCCGGUAGUAUGGGAGUGGGCUCAACGGACCUCUCCUCCGUGUCAUACCGCCGGGACAGCGCAUCUGCCUUACCAUUCUGGGACCCAGGGAUGUACGUGAUUUUAAAUACGAACCUGGUGAGAAACAUACUCCAUCGAGCCUGGCGAGGGUUCAGUCUCCUCGCUGCCCGGAUGUACUCCAGGUUCCGAUGGUCAGUCAAAAUGAGGAAAGGGUGUUGAGCCCCCUCAAGCCAAUGCCUCCACACCUUAAGGGCUUGAACUACAGCUAACAGCUCCCUGUCCCCAACGUCAUAGUUACGCUCCGCCGGGCUGAGCUUCUUAGAGUAAAAAGCACAGGGGCGGAGUUUAGGUGGCGUGCCGGACCGUUGAGAGAGAACGGCCCCUAUACCAGCCUCAGACGCGUCUACCUCAACCUGAAAGGGUAAUGCGGGAUCCGGAUGCGCCAGCACCGGAGCCGACGUAAACAGGUCCUUCAGUCUCCUAAAGGCCCUGUCCGCAUCGGCUGACCACUGCAGUCGCACCGGACCCCCCUUCAGAAGGGACGUGAUGGGAGCUGCCACCUGUCCAAAACCCCGGAUAAACCUCCGGUAGUAAUUCGCAAAGCCCAAAAACUGCUGCACCUCUUUUACAGUAGUUGGGGUUUGCCAAUUACGCACAGCGGACACACGAUCCACCUCCAUUCUCACCCCUGACGCGGACAACCGAUAACCCAAAAAGGAGACCGACUCCUGGAAAAACAGACAUUUCUCUGCCUUGACAUAUAGGUCGUGCUCCAACAGCCUCCUCAAUACACGACGCACCAGGGUUAUAUGCUCGGCUCGGGUAGACGAGUACACCAGAAUGUCAUCAAUGUACACGACCACCCCUUGUCCCUGCAUAUCCCGGAAAAUCUCAUCUACGAAGGAUUGGAAGACUGAUGGAGCAUUCAUCAACCCAUAUGGCAUGACGAGAUAUUCGAAAUGACCUGACGUGGUACUAAACGCUGUCUUCCAUUCGUCACCCUCCCUAAUGCGCACCAAGUUAUACGCGCUCCUGAGAUCCAGUUUUGUGAAAAACCGCGCUCCAUGCAAUGACUCCGUCAUGGUCGCAAUCAGAGGGAGUGGAUAACUGUAUUUCACAGUAAUCUGAUUGAGACCACGGUAAUCAAUGCACGGGCGCAACCCUCCAUCCUUCUUUUUCACAAAAAAGAAACUCGAGGAGGCGGGAGAAGUGGAGGGCCGAAUGUAUCCCUGUCUCAAAGAUUCGGCUAUGUAAGUCUCCAUAGCUUUUCUCUCCUCUUGAGACAAAGGAUACACAUGGCUCCGUGGGAGCGCUGCUCCUGCCUGGAGAUCAAUCGCACAAUCCCCCUGUCUAUGAGGAGGCAACUGCGUCGCCCUAGUUUUGCUAAACACGAGAGCUAAAUCCCCAUAUUCAGGCGGAAUGUGCAGUGCGGGCACUUGGUUUGGACUCUCCACCGAAGUCGCCCCCACGGAAACACCCAGACAUCGCCCCUCGCACUGAGCAGACCACCCAUCGAGAGCCCUCUGUUGCCACGAAAUAGCAGGGUUGUGGGUGCUUAACCAGGGAAUCCCCAGCACCACUGGGUACGCAGGAGAGUCGAUCAGAUACAGCUGUAUAGUCUCCUCAUGACCCCCCUGCGCACACAUCCGAAGUGGCGCUGUGAUCUCCCUGAUCAACCCCGACCCCAACGGACGGCUAUCUAAGGCAUGAACGGGAAAAGGUUUGUGAACAGGUAGGAGAGGGAUCCCUAACUCAAAACAAAACUUCCGAUCAACAAAAUUCCCAGCUGCGCCUGAAUCUACGAGCGCCUUAUGCUGGGAAUGAGGUGCAACCUGUGGAAAACACACAGGUAUACAAAAGUGCGCAACAGAAAGCUCUGGGUAAGUGGGACGUCUACUCACCUGGGAGGCCCCCCCAGUGCGUGGCCUGUUGUCUUCUCCCCCGGAGAACCCUCCCCAGCACCUGGCCGCAGUGUGCCCUCCACGACCGCACUUGGUGCAGGAGACAGGCCCCCUCGGGCUCCUCCUACUCCGUUCUCUAGCGCCGGCACCCCCGAGCUCCAUAGGGCUCGGCUCGGAGGCGCCGGAGGGCGGAAUGGACGGACUCCCCUCGGGACGUCCACGGGUGGCCAGCAGGGUGUCCAGACGGAUGGACAUAUCGACCAACUGGUCGAAUGUAAGAUGGGUAUCCCUGCAGGCCAACUCACGUUGAACGUCCUCUCGUAGGUUACAUCGAAAAUGGUCGAUGAGAGCCCGCUCAUUCCACCCUGCAUCAGCCGCUAGAGUCCGGUACUCUAGAGCGAACGCCUGCGCGCUCCUCCUCCCCUGUCUCAACUGGACUAGACGCUCCCCCGCCGCUUUGCCCUCAGGUGGAUGGUCGAACACGGCCUUGAAGCGGCGGGAGAACUCUGCGUAGGUCACGGUGUUGGCGUCCAUUCUCCUCCACUCGGCGUUAGCCCACUCCAACGCCUUGCCCGUGAGACAGGAGAUGAGGGCGGAAACGCUCUCGUAUCCCGAGGGCACCGGGUGUACAGUGGCCAGGUAGAGCUCCACCUGCAGGAGGAACCCCUGACACCCGGCAGCUGUUCCGUCAUACGCCCUCGGGAGCGAGAGCCGAAUCCCCCUGGGUUCCGAACCUAGGACUGGUGGACCGACCGAUGGGGUGGGCAGGAUAGGUGGAGGUGUGGGUACCCGGCUGGCCUCCCAUCGGUGCAAGGUGUAGAUUACCUCCUGUAGAGCGGUCUCCAGUUGUCGAAUCUGGCCAUCUUGUCCACGGAUAUGCUCCUCGAGCGACACAGGCGUCUCUGCCGAUCCUGCUGAUUCCAUUGUGGUGUGUGAUUCUGUCAUAAGGUGCUGAAGGUGGGUGUGGUGUAGGAAUCAGGCGCAGGACGCAGAGGCUCAGUUCAAAGGCUUUAGUGCAAAAUUCACACAAACAAAAGCACAAUAAGCCUGAAGGCGAAUACCAGGCGCACACAGGCGACAAAAUAAACUGCGCACAAAACAUGUGCAAAGAAACCACUCCAAACACUGGAGGGAAAAAUGUAGCUCCAACACGUAACAGAGGCGCAAUCACACACAAACACAGACACACACAACGAGAACUAAAUAGAACACUAACGAGGACUAACUAGACACAGGUGUACAACAUUAAGACCAAACCAAACGAACAUGAAACAUAGAUCGGUGGCAGCUAGUACUCCGGGGACGACGACCGCCGAAGCCUGCCCGAACCAGGAGGAGGAGCAGCCUCGGCCGAAACCGUGACAGGGUGAAUACAUAUGCACGCACCACUUUUCCGUUAUUAAUAUUUGAUAAUUUUAUGAAAUAAGUUAUUUUUUUAAUUUCACUUCACCAAUUUGGACUAUUUUGUGUAUGUCCAUUACAUGAAAUCCAAAUAAAAAUCCAUUUAAAUUACAGGUUGUAAUGCAACAAAAUAGGAAAAACGCCAAGGGGGAUGAAUACUUUUGCAAGGCACUGUAUCCAUAUCUCUGACUGGGUCGAACUUACACUUGCUUAGCCCGUAUUGUGUCCUCUCUUCCCAUUAUCAGGCAAUUCCAUUAUAUACAGUGUGAUUCAUUACUCUCCCUCAUUUAUCUCAGUCUGUGAGCUUGCAUUUUAAUGAGGGGUUGCAGAGAAUGCCAAGACCAAUCUGUCAUUUCGCCAUUGUCCACUGUACUCUGGGGAACUGGCAGUCACGACUGCACUUGGGCUUUUUAGUCAUUCACAUCGAAUCACACAUCCCACGUGGAAAAUAUAUAGCGUGUGCGGUUCUGUCAUGUGUGAUUCCCAUUGGCUUGGCUCUCCAGUGACUAACUCCUCCAGAGUCCAGGUGUCCCUGGCCUGCAUGGGAGGGAGUUAACUGGGAUUGACAGGGAAUCACUGGGAAUAACUGGACAUUACUGAGCUGAAAUAAAGAACUGACCAGGAAUGGGUGAGAUUGAACAAGGAUGAUCAGGAUUGAGUUGGGGUUCAGUGAACCUUGUGUACCGUGACCAUGAGACUGCACAGGAUACAGGAAGACAAGUGUUCCCUUUGCCCUCCAUAUUCCUUUUUCCAUGAGCUGCCUAAUGCCUUCAGCAUGAGGCUCAUGGAGAUAGGGAUCAGCUUUCAGGAGUGGAAAAUGAGGUUGAGGGGUCAAGCAUAAAAAGAGAAUAUACUCCCAGUGGGGCUCGGCUCUAAAUGAAGGUUUCUCUAAACUUGGCAGGUUGUAUUUCUUCAACCCUGCUUAUUUCUCUUGGCAAGAGAAUUUGGUCCGAGAAAAAAGAGAGUACAUGAAACCAAAUAUAUACCAUGAUGUGUUGUUUGAGUUGAAGAUCCAAAUAUUACACCAUGAUAUAUGUCAUAGCAGUGAAACAGUGACUAGAUUAGAUUAGACAUAGUCAUAUGAAAUGGCCACUCACAUACUACAGCUGAAAUCAUCGUUCUUAGUAUUUCAGUCAUUAAGGCUGCGUUUACACAGGCAGCCCAAUUCUGACCAAUUCGUAUAGGCUAUCCAACAAUAUGUAUACUGUAUGACACAGUCAGUGAAAACAUACAUCCUUUUAUAUUUCCCAAAUAGUGAACAUGACUAUCACAACAAUAAUUCCACGCUUUUGACCAGGGACCAUUCAAACUGGAUUCAUACCUCCAUGUUAUUUCAGUAGAUGAGUUUCAGUGGUCUCAUGAAUCAACCAGACAACCUUUUCAUUAAGGAGCUUGCCUCUGACAGGGCCUGACAUUGGGCUGGACUUGAGAGGUGCUUAUAAAGUUCAAGAGUUGCUUCUUUUACCUUCUCAUUACCAGCCACAGCACAUUGAGAAUUAAUCAAGGCAGAUUACACAUGCAGAUUGCCUGAACCCACGGUUGAUUAUACAAAAUGUAAACAAACCGAAAGGCUCCUUCUUUGUACAGUGGAGGCAGAGUGAUUGUGCUUAUUGCAGGAAUAAUGCAUUGUCUGUGUGGCUGCCAAGCACCGAAACACAAUAAAUUGAUUUCAUUGUCAGAUAAUACCUGAUUUGGAAAUGACCUUUCACUGUAUAUGAUACCAAGGUGAAUCUGUCCUUGUUUUGAUAAGCUUAGUAUGUGAUAAACACCUAAAGAUGUAGGGUCUUAAUUUGAGCCAGUUUGCUACAGCAGGAAAAUAAUCCUGCAGCAACAGGACAUGUGAAUUAUAAUGUGGAUUAUAAUUCAUGGACAUUUUUGUAUGGAUUUAUAAAUUUUUUGAUAGGAAAAAUGUAGUCUAAAAUUUCAAAGUGGAAAUGACAAACUUCAGAAGCCUUUUUAAACCUCAAAUACACUACAAGUUUAAAAUGUCUUGCAUUGCAGGACAGUUCUCCUGGAACAGGGUGAUCAAAUUAAGAUCCUACAUCUGUAUUUUAAUUAUUCCACCUACCGUACUUGUCUUGUCAUGUAUUGCACUGACAUUACCAUCCUUGCCUAAGAUUAUUGCUUUUUCUUGGGCGAGAUUGAAACUGAAAUUCUGAAAAUGGAGGCCAUCCACUGUAAUUUUUCUGGAUGGGAAAUAUUGAUGGGAAAUAUUGAUUGUAUGGGAGACGGUAAACACAGAAACGUCAUGGAAACGUCAUGGAAACGUCAUGGAAACGUCAUGGUUAGAUAGAUAAUAGACAUCUAGAGGAGUGUCCUUGUUUGUACUUGGUACGUGAGGAAUGGGACGGGUCAUAACAGCAAAGGGACUGGUACACAUCCUGUUAAUGACUCUGGGCCUGUAUUCAAAAAGUGUCUCAGAGUAGAGUAGUAGAUCUAGGAUCAGGUCCCCCAUCUAAUUCCUUAUAAUCUAAAAGGCAAAAAACAGAUCCGAGACCAGCACUCUGAGACUAUGUGAAUAUGGGCCCUGAAAUCUGCAGUCUGGCACUCUGCCAACUGUGCUGUACUAACUGUACACAAACUAGUGAAAGUAAUAGAAUUGAUGCUGGACUAAUCCAGCCGCGUAGGUACGGGUGGGACCGGGUGGGCCCGGCAGAUUGAGCAAAAUAAAUGAAAUGUUUAAUGCUCUCUACAGUGUUCCAAACGGGACAUUAUUUGUAUUUUUACCUAAACACCAUCAGAUAGAAUUUAUAGCAAGAAGUGCACUGGAAUGACAUUCACUUUCAUGCGAUGGGUGGCCAAAAAUAACUAACUGAAAGCCACACCCCCCAAUAAGCCACAAAAUGACUGCAUUGAGGCAUAUGUCACUGUGUUUCUAUGGCUAUAUGCACCAUGCCACUGCCUAUUUCGUUUGUUCAUUUAGCACACAUAGCAGCUAAUGAGCCAGUGCCUUUAUCACAGUCAACACACCUAUAUUUGAGUUUUAGUUAGCAUUUUAUCUCAGCCUCAUGGCAAAAUGUGUAGAAUAGCAGGAAAUUAGCUGUAAAACAUAUAUAUUAUUUUGGUUCCACCCAAAAUUCUCAGGCCCACCCACCAACGAAUUUCUGGUUACCCUACUGGACUAAUCUGAUGUUGUUCCAGAUGCACUUCUUCACUCAACCCUCAUCAAGCUAUUUUUAACCUACACAUUACGUAACAUUGUUUAGCAUGGCUGAGGUAGGGAGUGUGAUCAGCAGGCGGUGAUCACAGAGAGGUCUAUAAUGGUGAAUGGCUUUCAACCAGUUGUUCUGGCUUGGGAUAUAUAUUUAAAAUGGCUCGUCUGCUUUAGCCAGCUUGUUGUUGUCUCACCGAACAAUGAUGUUGAAUACAGAAACAAACCCAGUCUAGAGGACAGUAUAGUGCAUGUGGAAACUAACAGAGAAAUUAGGUUAUGCAGUGGCUCGAAUGUAUUUUGUUAGUGGUGUGCUGCACUGCCUGUUGAUGUAUUGAUCCCUCACUCACUAAGAUGUUCAUGCCCUCCCUCCCUCCCUCCCUCCCUCCCUCCCUCCCUCCCUCCCUCCCUCCCUCCCUCCCUCCCUCCCUCCCUCCCUCCCUCCCUCCCUUCUCUUUCCCCCUCCACAGCCGAAGGGCUUUCGACGGUACUAUAGCUCCCCACUGCUGAUAACGGAGCAAUUUGGCUGCAUCAAAGAAGUCAUGCCCAUUGGUAAGCACGCUCUCUGGCCCUUUGCCUUACAAUACUCUAGAGAUAAAGAAAUGUCAUUACAAACCAAGGUGCAUGAACAGUGGAGAAAACUGAAGAUGAGAAGAUACUCAGCGAUUCUUUCUAAGACAAUGGAAGUUUGCUUCAAAAAUAUAUAUUUUUAUUGUUGAAACCAAUGUGAGACAAGCUAAAGGGAUUUAUAUAGGCCUGCCUUUCAAAAUGUCAAUACACUUACAGUAAAUUGAUGCACAACUAGGUUGCCAGGGAGGUGUCCUUGUCUGGCUGUUUUGACUGACAUGAGCUUCUCUUCUCUGCUGUCUCCCCCCAGCUUGUGGCAGUAAAGUGGACCCUGUGUAUGAAGCUCUCCGGUUCGGGACGUCUCUGGCACAGAGGAACAAGAGGUCCAGUGCCUCCGAGUCCCCCCACAGGAACUCUGUAAGAACAACAACAACACAAUAUAUUACAGUUCAGGCUUAACUGAAUGACAACAGAGACAGAAUACAAUAUGGAAUUGUAUUGUUGGUGGUGGUGGGGAGGUGGAAUUUCAUUGGAAGACUGUUGCUGCAAAACAACAGGUGGGAGACACAAGGUUUGAGGUGACAUAUAAAUACUCCACCAUUUAUGCCCAUUGGUUGAAAGAAAGGGAAGUGAUUAUUGCACGAGUGAGCCCAUAGGUUAAUCAGCAAGCGUGGAGGAAUUGCCUUAGUGUGUUAUGCUCAUAGGCUGAAGUUAGGUGAAUGACAUUCUGCAUGCUUCCUAAUACUAAAGGAGGAGGAGAGGCGUGACACUAUGCUGAUGAGUAUGAUAGGAAGUGAUGUCAAUUAUACGUGUUAUCUACACUGAACAAAAAUAGAAACGCAACAUGUAAAGUGUUGGUCUCAUGUCUCAUGAGCUGAAAUAAAAAAAUACCAGACAUUUUCCAUUUGCACAAAAAGCUUAUUUUUCUCAAAUUUUGGGCACAAAUUUGUUUACAUCCCAGUUAGCGAGCAUUUCUCCUUUGCCAAGAUAAUCCAUCCACCUGAUAGGUGUGGCAUAUCAAGAAGAUGAUUAAAAAGCAUGAUCAUUACACAGUUGCACCUUGUGCUGGGGACAAUAAAAGUAUCCUUUAAAUGUGCAGUUUUGUCACACAACACAAUGCCACAGAUGUCUCAAGUUUUGAGGGAGCGUGCAAUUGGCAUGCUGACUGCAGGAAUGUCCACCAGAGCUCUCGCCAGAUAAUGUAAUGUUAAUUUCUCUACCAUAAGCUGCCUCCAAUGUAGUUUUUAGAGAAUUUGGCAGUACAUCCAACCGGCCUCACAACCGCAGACCACGUGGGGGAGGAGUAUUUCUGUCUGUAAUAAAGCCCUUUUGUGGGGAAAAAAUCAGUCUGAUUGGCUGGACCUGGCCCCUCAGUGGGUGGGCCUGGCUGCCAAGUGGGUGGGCCUAUGCCCUCCAAGGCCCACCAAUGGCUGCACCCCUGCCCAGUCAUGUGAAAUCCAUAGAUAAGGGCCUAAUUUAUUUAUUUCAAUGGACUUAUUUCCUUAUAUGAACUGUAACUCAGUAGAAAUGUUGAAAUUGUUGCAUGUUGCGUUUAUAUAUUUGUUCAGUAUAGAUAAAUAAAAAGUGACGAGCAUUCAGACCAGCCUUCCUGAUAGAACAUUAGGAAACUACAUUUCAAAAUAACUUCCACAAGACACAGAGCUCUGUAAAUGUGUCUUCUCGAAACAUAAAUACAUUCAUCAAAACUAGAUUAUACUGUCAAAAUUUCAAAUACAUUCAUCAAAAGAACACGACUGCCUGAAAAAAGAUUACCGCAACCAUACUUAUCUCUGGAGUCCAAGCAGACAGAACAGAAAGUUAAUCUGUCUUUUAAAACUCCCAGUAGAUCAAUACAUUUUCUUUGCAGUCACUAAAUCAUGUAGAUCAAAAUUGGACAUACAACUAUCCAAAGGUGCAGAAUUAUGGGUAAUUAAUCACCUUUGUUUUAUGCAUAUUUCACCAAAACAUUUCAUACACAUCAAAUCAAAUAUUCUUCCUGAUAAAGAAUUCAAUAAAAAAAUAAGCACAUAGUGUGCAGGAUUCAUUAAUCGGUAUCAUCACAAUCCAAUUCCAUGUAUUCAAUAAAAAGGCUGGUUUGCUCAUAGUUUUGUAGACGUUCCAUUGGUGCACAGAAACACAAUCCACAAUAGAAAUAAGGAAAGGUGAGUACAUGUCACGUUGGUUGAGUACAGGAUUGGACCAAGGUGCAGCGUGGUAUGCGUACAUGUUCAUUUAUUAAAUAAACACUGAACAAAACAACAAAAGCAACGUGACGUGACAUUCUACAGGCUAACCUCAAACAAGCCUAACACACAGAAACAAGAUCCCACAACAUAGGUAGGCAACAUGCCUAAGUAUGAUCCCCAAUCAGAGACAACGAUCGACAGCUGCCUCUGAUUGGGAACCACACCCGGCCAACAUAGAUCUACAAUAUCUAGAUCAUACACAUAGAAAUUCACACCCAGACCAAACCAACAAGAAACAACAGGCAUUAAAGGUCAGGGCAUGACAGUACAAUAGAGGAACCCAACUGAUAUUAAUGUAUAGAUCUCAAUCCACACCAAAACAAAGCUCUGUAAUAGAAGGUCACAGUGUUGGAGAUGAUGACUUGGGAGUAACCCAACUUCAUUCUCUGCAUCUCGCAUGUCAGCAAUAUUGUAAAAAAGCAUAACAAUUAGACAGUCCCCCAUUGCCUAGAUCUUUCCAUGUAUUGUGCAUGGUAUGUCAUUGAUGAGGUGAUUUAGAAUUUUGUGCAGUAGUAUUUUAUGAUUACCUGAAACAGUGAACACACAUUUAUCUUCUGAUGAAAACAGUGUGUUAAUAUUCUGUGAACAAAACAGUUGUAUUCACUGAUGACAUUUGUAUUAAAUGUUUUGCAAAAGGUGGUCUAAAAUAUGCAAGUCAGUAAAUGUAUUUGAGUAUUUGAUAAUUGCUCUUAUACUAUAGAUACAUUUCAACACAGAUCCAAAAAUUACUUGUACGUGAUUGAGAAAAACUGUAAUGAAAUGACCUCAUCAGCAAUUCACCACCUGACUGUCAUUUAAGAAACUACCCCAUCAGCAACGUAUAGAGAUGUCAGGCCAGAGGUUAGCCUACUAACAUAACGGUCAUUAAGCAGGUGAUUUCAAAAUGUUUAUAUCAUGUUGUUCUGUGUUUUGGUGCUGCAUCUCUUUCAUCUGUGAGUGAAUGAGUGUCGGAGUGUAGGGGUGCAGUAGAUAAGGAGAGACACUGGCACCCAGGAAACAUGGUGGUGUAUCUCUGCUCCGGCGCAGUUGCUUGGCUGCUGUUAUCCCAGCUUAAUUGAUUAGAGUUCGAUCACUCAUUUUAACCUGGGGCCUGGGAGCAUGGUUGACGGGUCAAGUGAAUACAUUAUGUACUUUAUACAUUAUGUCAUAUUCAGCUGGACAAAUGGACACACGUCAAAGUGCGGGCCAAAACUCACUUAUAGCAAUGAACGUACAUAGAGACAAAGUAUAGAUUGAAAAGAUACAGUACAGGUGUUGUUGUUGAAUGCACACUCCAGCUCUGCCUUGAGUGAUGAUAGUGUACUGAGAUACAGCCACUGUGGAGUAAAUAUGACCAACAAAGGUGUACUGAGAGACAGCCACUGUGGAGUAAAUAUGACAAAUAAAGGUGUACUCAGAUACAGCCACUGUGGAGUAAAUAUUACCAAUAAAGAUGUACUGAGAGACAGCCACUGUGGACUAAAUAUGACCAAUAAAGGUGUACUGAGACACAGCCACUGUGGAGUAAAUAGAACCAAUAACAGUGUACUAAGAUACAGCCACUGUGGAGUAAAUAUGACCAAUAAAGGUGUACUCAGAUACAGCCGCUGGGGAGUAAAUAUGACCAAUAAAGGUGUACUCAGAUACAGCCACUGUGGAGUAAUAAAGGUGUACUCAGAUACAGCCACUGUGGAGUAAAUAUGACCAAUAACAGUGUACUCAGAUACAGCCACUGUGGAGUAAAUAUUACCAAUAAAGGUGUACUCAGAUUUGGUAUUUUAUUAGGAUCCCUAAUAAAGCAGCAGCUACUCUUCUUGCAGUCCACACAAAACAUGAAACAUGACAUAAUGCGGAACAUUAAUAGACAAGAACAGCUCAAGGACAGAACCACAUCAAUUUGAAAAUGGCACACGUAGCCUACAUAUCAAUACAUACACACAAACUAUCUAGGUCAAAUAGGGGAGAGGCAUUGUGCCGUGAGGUGUUUCUUUAUCUGUUUUUUUUAAACCAGGUUUGCUGUUCAUUUGAGCAAUAUGAGAUGGAAGGGAGUUCCAUGCAAAAAUGGCUAUAUAUAAUACUGUACACUUUUACAAAUUUGUUCUGGAGUUUGGACUGUGAAAAGAUCCCUGGUGGCAUGUCUGGUGGGUGUAGAUACAGCCACUGUGGAGUAAUAAAGGUGUACUCAGAUACAGCCACUGUGGAGUAAAUAUGACCAAUAAAGGUGUACUCAGAUACAGCCACUGUGGCGUAAAUAUGACCAAUAAAGGUGUACUCAGAUACAGCCACUGUGGCGUAAAUAUGACCAAUAAAUGUGUACUCAGAUACAGCAACUGUGGAGUUUAUAUGACCAAUAAAGGUGUACUCCGAUACAGCCACUGUGGAGUAAUAAAGGUGUACUCAGAUACAGCCACUGUGGGGUAAAUACUACCUAUAAAGGUGUACUCAGAUACAGCCACUGUGGAGUAAAUAUUACCAAUAAAGGUGUACUCAGAUUUGGUAUUUUAUUAGGAUCCCCAUUAGCUGUUGCGAAAGCAGCAGCUACUCUUCUUACUGUCCACACAAAACAUGAAACAUGACAUAAUGCGGAACAUUAAUAGACAAGAACAGCUCAAGGACAGAACCACAUCAAUUUAAAAAUGGCACACGUAGCCUUCAUAUCAAUACAUACACACAAACUAUCUAGGUUAAAUAUGGGAGAGGCGUUGUGCCGUGUGGUGUUUCUUUAUUAGUUUUUUUAAACCAGGUUUGCUGUUCAUUUGAGCAAUAUGAGAUAGAAGGGAGUUCCAUGCAAAAAUUGCUAUAUAUAAUACUGUACACUUUUUUAAAUUUGUUCUGGAGUUUGGGACUGUGAAAAGACCCCUGGUGGCAUUUCUGGUGGGUGUAGAUACAGCCACUGUGGAGUAAUAAAGAUGUACUCAGAUACAGCCACUGUGGAGUAAAUAUGACCAAUAAAGGUGUACUCAGAUACAGCCACUGUGGAGUAAAUAUACCCAAUAAAGGUGUAAUCAGGUACAGCCACUUUGGAGCAAAUAUGAUCAAUAAAGGUGUAAUCAGAUACAGCCACUGUGGAGUAAAUAUGACCAAUAAAGGUGUACUGAGAGACAGCCACUGUGGAGUAAAUAUACCCAAUAAAGGUGUAAUCAUGUACAGCCACUUUGGAGUAAAUAUGAUCAAUAAAGGUGUACUCAGAUACAGCCACUGUGGAGUAAAUAUGACCAAUAAAGGUGUAAUCAGAUACAGCCACUGUGGAGUAAAUAUGACCAAUAAAGGUAUACAGUGCCUUCAGAAAGUAUUCAGACCCCUUGACUUUUUUCAUAUUUUGUUAUGUUACAGUCUUAAUCUAAAUCGGAUUAAAUAAAUAAAAAUCCUCAGCAAUCUACACACAAUACCCCAUAUUAAUGACGCGAAACAGGUUUUUAGAACUUUUAGCAAACUUAUUACAAAUAAAAAACAUAAAUACCUUAUUGACAUAAGUAUUCAGACCCUUUGCAAUGAGACCUGAAAUUGAGCUCAGGUGCAUCCUGUUUCCGUUAAUCAUCCUUGAGAUGUUUCUACAACUUGAUUGGAGUCCAUCUCUUGUAAAUUAAAUUGAUUGGACAUUAUUUGGAAAGGCACACACCUGUCUAUAUAAGGUCCCACAGUUGACAGUGCAUGUCAGAGCAGAAACCAAGCCAUGAGGUCGAAGGAAUUGUCCGUAGAGCUCCGAGACAGGAUUGUGUCGAGGCAAAGAUCUGGGGAAGGGUACCAAAACAUUUCUGCAGCAUUGAAUAUCCCCAAAAACACAGUGGCCUCCAUCGUUUUUAAAUUGAAGAAGUUUGGAACUACCAAGACUCUUCCUAGAGCUGGCCGCCCUUGCCAAACUGAGCAAUCGGGGGAGAAGGGCCUUGGUCAGGGAGGUGGCCAAGAACCUGAUGGUCACUUUGACAGAGCUCCAGAGUUCCUCUGUGGAGAUGGGAGAACCUUCCAGAAGGACAACCAUCUCUGUAGUACUCCACCAAUCAGGCCUUUAUGGUAGAGUGGUCAGACGGAAGCCACUCCUCAGUAAAAGGCACAUGACAGCCCGCUUGGAAUUUGCCAAAAGGCACCUAAAGACUCUCAGACCAUGAGAAACAAGAUUCUCUGGUCUGAUGAAACCAAGAUUGAAUGCCAAGCGUCACGUCUGGAGGAAACCUGGCACCAUCCGUACGGUGAAGCAUGGUGGUGGCAGCAUCAUGCUGUGGGGAUGUUUAUCAGCGUCAUGGACUGGGAGACUAGUCAGGAUCGAGGGAAAGAUGAACGGAGCAAAGUACAGAGAGAUCCUUGAUGAAAACCUGCUCCAAAGCACUCAGGACCUCAGACUGGGGCGAAGGUUUACCAACAGGACAACGACCCUAAGCACACAGUCAAGACAACGCAGGAGUGGCUUUGGGACAAGUCUCUGAAUGUCCUUGAGUGGCCCAGCCAGAGCCUGGACUUGAACCCGAUCGGACAUCUCUGGAGAGACCUGAAAAUAGCUGUGCAGCAACGCUCCCCAUCCAACCUGACAGAGCUUGAGAGGAUCUGCAGAGAAGAAUGGGAGAAACUCCCCAAAUACAGAUGUGCCAAGCUUUUAGCAUCAUACCCAAGAAGACUCAAGGCUGUAAUCGCUGCCAAAGGUGCUUCAACAAAGUACUGAGUAAAGUGUCUGAAUACUUAUGUAAAUGUGAUAUUUGACUUUUUUUUAUAUGUAAAAAUUAGUUUUUGCUUUGUUAUUAUGGGGUAUUGUGUGUAGAUUGAUGAGGGGAAAAAACUAACAUUUAAUCAAUUUUAGAAUAAGGCUGUAACCUAACACAAUGCGUAAAAAGGGAAGGUGUCUGAAUACUUUACGACGGCACUGUAUAUAUUUAGACACAGCCACUAUGAAGUAAAUAGAACCAAUAAAGGUGUACUCUGAUACAGCCACUGUGGAGUAAAUAUGACCAAUAAAUGUGUACUCAGAUACAGCCAUUGUGGAGUAAAUAGAACCAAUAAAGGUGUACUCUGAUACAGCCAUUGUGGAGUAAAUAUUACCAAUAAAGGUGUACUCCGAUACAGCUACUGCUGAGGAAAUUUGACCAAUAAAGGAAAUCUACUCCAGGAAUAGAUGAUGAUGAGGGGAAUGGAAUAGUUAUUCCAGGAGAGAUAUCUGCUGAUGAAAAUGCUCAGAUUAAGACAGAGAGGAGGACUCGAAGACUCAAAGUGUAAACAUGAAUUGCAAAAUAAAAGGGGAGGACCUCUCCUCUUUUCUCAACUCUGCAGCUUCUCUGUGUACAUCUCACUUAAACUGUAUCUGCGGCUUGAAUCAGUUCUGGAAAUGAUGUCUUAAAGCCACCAGGGAAGUCCUGUCAACUGCAGCUGCUAUUUAUAAGGUGAAGUACCUGGGGCUUAAAAACUAGGACAAUGAUUAGCAUCAGUGAUAGCAGAGGGUAAACUCAGUUCACCCACCUAAUUUGUUUACCAGUACAUCCCUGGUUAGGAUAGGAUUAACGUUAAUGUCCCCGAGGGGAAAAUAGUCUUAGACACACAGUACUGCUGCAUACAAAAUAGACACUGCACAUUACACACUCAACAUAAUACAUACAUUGCACGUUACCCCUGUCAUACACAUUGUACACUUUCACAUAGGUUACGAUGAUAAUUGGCAACUACAUAUUUAGAUCCUAUACAGUACUGCUUUGGUGGGAACAUGUGUUGUUAUGAUUCCUUCAACUGUUGCCCUGUCAUAAUAUUAGUCGAUGUUUUCGAGCUCCGUUGAGCAGUGUUUGUAAAUUCAAGAUAACAUCAAAGCUUUUUUGGUGGUCCUAAAUCUAGACCACCCUCUACAAUUCUAGGAAAAGUGUCAAAAACAUUAAAGAGAUUUAACGGGAUCUUAAGCACUUACAAAUUUGUAACACUCCUGAGUGGCGCAGUGGUCUAAGGCACUGCAUCGUAGUGCUAACUGUGCCACUAGAGAUCCUGGUUCGAAUCCAGGCUCUGUCUCAGCCGGCCGCGACCGGGAGACUCAUGGGCGGCGCACAAUUGGUCCAGGGUAGGGGAGGGAAUGGCCGGCAGGGAUGUAGCUCAGUUGAUAGAGCUGUGGGGUUGUGGGAUGCAAUGCCAGCGUUGUGGGUUCGAUUCCCACGGGGGGCCAGUAUAAAAAUAUGUAUUCACUAACUGUAAGUCGCUCUGGAUAAGAGUGUCUGCUAAAUGACUAAAAUGUAACAUAUCGUACGAAUAACAGGAAGAAAAUUAAAUUAAAAAAGAACAUAUGAUAUGGAUGACAUUGUGCACAAUUUUCGGGGACCCGUUUUGACUCGUGAGCGCUACUUCAAAACUACUAGCUACAACAAAAAACUCUGCUGCAUCACUUUAAGAUCAGAAAUUAGUGUGUGGUCUAGGUACCUAGCUACUGUAGGAUCUGAAUGACUGGCUACAAUCUGUCAGUUAGAUGUAAUGACCUCUAUCUGCUCCCACAGACUAGUGACUUACCCCAGGUUCCAGAAGAGGCCGUCGCUCACAGCAGUCGACAUGAACUCACCAGGAAGCACAGUGAUAAUGGUGAGUACUGUACACGGUGUACCAAGAGGCAGCCAUUAGUGACUAAGAGGCAGCCAUUAGUGACACUGGGAAAUGCAUAGACUUUAUGAAUGAAACUUUACUGACUGCUUAAUGGUAUGUCUAUAACCUUAUAUGCCAGAUCCUUGAUCCAGCCUUGAACUGAACUAAAUUUCAGUUGAUUCACUGAAUGUAAUGGAUGCUCACUGAAUGUAAUGGAUUCUCACUGAAUGUAAUGGAUGCCGACUGAAUGUAAUGGAUGCUCACUGAAUGUAAUGGAUGCCGACUGAAUGUAAUGGAUCCUCACUGAAUGUAAUGGAUGCUCACUGAAUGUAAUGGAUGCCGACGGAAUGUAAUGGAUGCUCACUGAAUGUAAUGGAUGCCGACUGAAUGUAAUGGAUGCUCACUGAAUGUAAUGGAUGCCGACUGAAUGUAAUGGAUGCUCACUGAAUGUAACGGAUGCUCACUGAAUGUAAUGGAUGCCGACUGAAUGUAAUGGAUGCUCACUGAAUGUAAUGGAUGCUCACUGAAUGUAAUGGAUGCCGACUGAAUGUAAUGGAUGCUCACUGAAUGUAAUGGAUGCCGACUGAAUGUAAUGGAUGCUCACUGAAUGUAAUGGAUGCCGACUGAAUGUAAUGGAUGCUCACUGAAUGUAAUGGAUACCGACUGAAUGUAAUGGAUGCUCACUGAAUGUAAUGGAUACCGACUGAAUGUAAUGGAUGCUCACUGAAUGUAACGGAUGCUCACUGAAUGUAAUGGAUGCCGACUGAAUGUAAUGGAUGCUCACUGAAUGUAAUGGAUGCCGACUGAAUGUAAUGGAGGCUCACUGAAUGUAAUGGAUGCCGACUGAAUGUAAUGGAUGCUCACUGAAUGUAACGGAUGCUCACUGAAUGUAAUGGAUGCCGACUGAAUGUAAUGGAUGCUCACUGAAUGUAAUGGAUGCCGACUGAAUGUAAUGGAUGCUCACUGAAUGUAAUGGAUGCCGACUGAAUGUAAUGGAUGCUCACUGAAUGUAUUGGAUUCUCAGUUGUAUUUACAGUACCCAGUGUAAGAUCUCAAAGAAGAAGGGUAAUAAGGCUAUUGCCCUGACCUUUUGCAUGCAGUAGCAUUCACCCAGAACAAUGAAGUUGUAGAAAGCACACUGGUUGGAGUAGACCUCACAUUAUUCAAAAUGCCGUUAGAAGCUCCACACAAAGAAUAUCAUCUGACCCCUAAGGAGAGAGGAAGAGAAACCUUAUUCUGUGUUCCUCUCUGCUUGCCACGUGUAGAGACUGGAAUUUCUCCUCAACCCUACUUGAAUAUCUGGACAGGUCUCCAUAAGAAAAUAAAAAGAUCCAUACUUACAGUAUGACAAUCUGUCCCAUUAGUAAUGCCAUCCGAAUACUCUGUUGCUUUCUGAAAUAUGUAUUUAUUUAUGAAAUAGCUUUUCUAUCACAGCUUGUAAAAUGAAUACUUAGGUUUAUUCCAGGACAUUCAGUGGAUUAAAUCCCACUGCUGUCGAGGUUCAUCCAAGCUUCACUGUCUUUUUUUGAUUGUCAGAGUGUUGAUAGCUUUAAUGUUGUCUUUGAUAAUUGAAGUAUUUGUCAUUGAUUUGGGGGUGAUUUACUGAAUGUUUUGACAUUUUCCAGUGUUCACAUCACUUGAGAAUGGGACGGAGCCCAUUCCCUAUUGCCACGUGGCUGAGAGGAAACCUGAUGAUUCACUGGUAAGGAACCCAAACACUUACAGUAUAGUAACCAGACCCCCUGUAACUCUGAGGAGGGCAGCAGUAUAGUAACAACACUCGCUUGUGACGAGGUGUGAAAGAAGGAGUCAGGCACAGGAGGUAAAAUAUCGAAGUCCAGAGUUUAAUACGUUUGCAUAAAUCAAACACCCCAAGCGUCAAACGAAACUGUACAAGGGAAAACAUCCACCUUGGCAAAUAACACAGUGAAAUGUAGCUCAACCGAGCUACACGCUCUCACAACAAAACAAUCACUCACAAAGACAAGGGGAACAGAGGGAACAUUUAUACACAUACUAAUUAGGGGAAUGAGCACCAGGUGUGUGUGAUUGACAAGACAUGACAAGUGGAGUGAUGAGAAUGGGAUCGGCAGUAGCUAGUACUCUGGUGACGACGAACGCCGAAGCCUGCCUGAACCAGGAGGGGGGGCGACAUCCCUGUAACUCAGAGGAGGGCAGCAGUAUAGUAACCAGACUCCCUGUAACUCUGAGGAGGGCAGCAGUAUAGUAACCAGACUCCCUGUAACUCUGAGGAGGGCAGCAGUAUAGUAACCAGACCCCCUGUAACUCUGAGGAGGGCAGCAGUAUAGUAACCAGACUCCCUGUAACUCUGAGGAGGGCAGCAGUAUAGUAACCAGACUCCCUGUAACUCUGAGGAGGGCAGCAGUAUAGUAACCAGACUCCCUGUAACUCUGAGGAGGGCAGCAGUAUAGUAACCAGACUCCCUGUAACUCUGAGGAGGGCAGCAGUAUAGUAACCAGACUCCCUGUAACUCUGAGGAGGGCAGCAGUAUAGUAACCAGACUCCCUGUAACUCUGAGGAGGGCAGCAGUAUAGUAACCAGACUCCCUGUAACUCUGAGGAGGGCAGCAGUAUAGUAACCAGACUCCCUGUAACUCUGAGGAGGGCAGCAGUAUAGUAACCAGACCCCCUGUAACUCUGAGGAGGGCAGCAGUAUAGUAACCAGACUCCCUGUAACUCUGAGGAGGGCAGCAGUAUAGUAACCAGACUCCCUGUAACUCUGAGGAGGGCAGCAGUAUAGUAACCAGACUCCCUGUAACUCUGAGGAGGGCAGCAGUAUAGUAACCAGACUCCCUGUAACUCUGAGGAGGGCAGCAGUAUAGUAACCAGACUCCCUGUAACUCUGAGGAGGGCAGCAGUAUAGUAACCAGACUCCCUGUAACUCUGAGGAGGGCAGCAGUAUAGUAACCAGACUCCCUGUAACUCUGAGGAGGGCAGCAGUAUAGUAACCAGACUCCCUGUAACUCUGAGGAGGGCAGCAGUAUAGUAACCAGACUCCCUGUAACUCUGAGGAGGGCAGCAGUAUAGUAACCAGACCCCCUGUAACUCUGAGGAGGGCAGCAGUAUAGUAACCAGACUCCCUGUAACUCUGAGGAGGGCAGCAGUAUAGUAACCAGACUCCCUGUAACUCUGAGGAGGGCAGCAGUAUAGUAACCAGACUCCCUGUAACUCUGAGGAGGGCAGCAGUAUAGUAACCAGACUCCCUGUAACUCUGAGGAGGGCAGCAGUAUAGUAACCAGACUCCCUGUAACUCUGAGGAGGGCAGCAGUGAGAAAAGUUCAACUUCCACACAGACUUUUUCCUACUGUAAAUUACAUUAGUGUUACUCAUUUAAUUCCCGCCCAAGCAUAUCAGUGGAAUGCUAAGAGAGUUACAGAUCUUUUUUCAAUUAGAAAUUGUUUGAUUUUGUGUUGAAGUCAUCCAGGAGGCCCCUGAACACCCAGAUGCUUUGAGACACAUGGUUAGUAGAGAUAAAACAUUGAUUUGACACUAGAGAGAGAAAAUGGUACAGUAUAGCACCUGAAGGUGUGUCUGUCUUGUCUUACACCAGUGGAACAGAGUAGAACACACAAACAUAAUUUUAAUACUGUUUUAUGAGGUCACAAAUAAUGUCUCUUGCGAGGAGCCUGCCUCAUCUACAGUCCCUUUGUCUUGGGUGCUGCGCUCUUUUAUGACCAAGCACAAAUACAUUGAGAAAGACUGCUGGCACAUAGAACGCAGGUAGAAGUAAACACUGCAAGAGCUGCUCAUGACAAAUCAUAAUAACCUCUGAUCUGGAAAUGGAAAAUGCAAAGUUAAUGUUCUUCAGUGGAGGCCAGUGACUGAUUAUUUUCUCAGUCCUUAAUGUUUGUGUGUGCUGCAGGACUUUCCCUCUAGAAUGUAUCUUAGCCCACGGCUAUCCUUAGUCCAUUGCCCAUUUGUCCUACGGACUAACACAUUGACAUAAAGUCUAAGGAUAGCACAAACUUCUCUGGAGCCAAAUGAGCCCUGGGCUUAGUAAGGUUGGUGUCAACCCAAUUUGAAACAUGCAUUGUCUAUAAUGUAGCCCAGGGCUUAGACCUACCCAAAAUAGGUGCAGUGUGAAAACCCUAGACGCGGAGCUAUCAAUAACUACCUUCUAAACUUAGAUUUCAUCAUGUCACAAUUAGUCUAUGGCGAGGAAGAGCUAGUGUGGAACAUGGGGCAAAUAAAAAAGGUUGGGCAUUUGCUAGAAAUCUUCAAAGCAACAAGACCUGCAAUGGACAACCCCAUUCACUGUUGUUUUAUGCAAUUAGCAUGGCAAUAAGUGUCACAAAUAAUCAAUCAUUGACAUGAUGCAUUAACUUUUGUUGUCUGUUGGCCCUGAGCAAAUCAUAGCUCUGGACUAAGAAUAUCUUGAGAGACUGUACACUAUUCUAUUGAAAGCCUCUGAGAACUGUGUCUGUGCUGUGCUUGCUGUUGGGCUGUACUCUACUCUGUGCCUUUAGCCUGAGACCUGAUCCUGAGCCAGUUCUUGCUGUUGGGCUGUACUCUACUCUGUGCCUUUAGCCUGAGACCUGAUCAUGAGCCAGUUCUUGCUGUGUGCGUGUCCAUUAGCAGGCUACUUACUAUUGGCCAGACUCCCAUCACUACUGACUUUCCCAGGAGUUAGGAGAAAGAAUGUAUCUCCCUUACAGACAAAUGAUACCCUUGCCUCGGCCACUGGCACACACAGAUAUAAAUAGGCUCUGACCCUAAUGUUUAUAUCUCCAGCUCUGGUCUGUGCAAUAUUUAUUUUCUGCGUGCAGCCUGACACAUUACAAAACUAGUGCAAAUUCCAUACUGUUCCCUGUAGUGUAAUAUUGAUGAGCAAAUCUCAGCCAGAUUUAUUUUGCCCUCUCUCUGGCUUCUACGGUGGUAGAAUGAAAAAAAAAGAACUGCAGUGUUCAGGUUCCCAGAACAUGUUUCAUAUUUGUAAUAUUUCAAGCCAGCCUCUAUUUAUCAUUCAUUUUACAUGUUUAUCCUUAAUGUCAACUUUGGAAAUGACCAAAAACACACAAAGUACAGAGAAAUACAAGCAAACAUGCAUGUGAAUGUGCAAACACACAUACAUACACAUGCACACACGUGCACACACACACACACUAUGCAAUCUCCCCUGGCCAGCUCGCUGAAACAUGUAAAGUGGUAUUUUCCACUCUUAUCUGGCUGAGCUUAGCACAGCUGGGAGGAUGCCGUUUGUUCAUCUGAAGGCAGGUCUAUAAAUGCAGCCUGGCACCCAAACAGAAUGACACACAGACACAGGCUCUACAGGGGAAUGAGCAGAGGCAUGGACCACACGCUGCAGGAGCAGAUUGUCCCAUGUUGCUUCUUGUCCUAUCUGAAAUGAGAGACACUAAUUACUGAUUGGUCUAUUCAAAUGUACAGCCCAUUUCUUAUCCCAUAUUCCAAACCAACCAACACCUGUUCCCUGGACAUCUUAUGUCCCCAUGUCUUGAACCAAUACCUGUUCCCUGGACAUCUUAUGUCCCCAUGUCUUGAACCAACACCUGUUCCCUGGACAUCUUAUGUCCCCAUGUCUUGAACCAAUACCUGUUCCCUGGACAUCUUAUGUCCCCAUGUCUUGAACCAACACCUGUUCCUUGGACAUCUUAUGUCCCCAUGUCUUGAACCAACACCUGUUCCUUGGACAUCUUAUGUCCCCAUGUCUUGAACCAACAACACCUGUUCCCCAUUUCGGGCCCCGUCCAUCGCCCCUUUGAUGCGGUGAAGUUGUCCUGUCCCCUUAGCAGAAAAACACCCCCAAAGAAUAAUGUUUCCACCUCCAUGUUUGACGGUGGGGAUGGUGUUCUUGGGGUCAUAGGCAGCAUUCCUCCUCCUCCAAACACGGCGAGUUGAGUUGAUGCCAAAGAGCUCCAUUUUGGUCUCAUCUGACCACAACACUUUCACCCAGUUCUCCUCUGAAUAAUUCAGAUGUUCAUUUGCAAAGUUCAGACGGCCCUGUAUAUGUGCUUUCUUGAGCUUGCGGGCGCUGCAGGAUUUCAGUCCUUCACGACGUAUUGUGUUACCAAUUGUUUUCUUGGUGACUAUGGUCCCAGCUGCCUUGAGAUCAUUGACAAGAUCCUCCCGUGUAGUUCUGGGCUGAUUCCUCACCGUUCUCAUGAUCAUUGCAACUCCACGAGGUGAGAUCUUGCAUGGAGCCCCAGGCCGAGGGAGAUUGACAGUUCUUUUGUGUUUCUUCCAUUUGCGAAGAAUCACACCAACUGUUGUCACCUUCUCACCAAGCUGCUUGGCGAUGGUCUUGUAGCCCAUUCCAGCCUUGUGUAGGUCUACAAUCUUGUCCCAGACAUCCUUGGAGAGCUCUUUGAUCUUGGCCAUGGUGGAGAGUUUGGAAUCUGAUUGAUUGAUUGCUUCUGUGGACAGGUGUCUUUUAUACAGGUAACAAGCUGAGAUUAGGAGUACUUUAAGAGUGUGCUCCUAAUCGCAGCUCGUUACCUGUAUAAAAGACACCUGGGAGCCAGAAAUCUUUCUGAUUGAGAGGGGGUCAAAUACUUAUUUCCCUAAUUAAAAUGCAAAUCAAUUUAUUACAUUUUUGACAUGCGUUUUCUGGAUGUUUUUGUUGUUAUUCUGUCUCUCACUGUUCAAAUAAACCUACCAUUAAAAUUAUAGACUGAUCAUGUCUUUGUCAGUGGGCAAACGUACAAAAUCAGCAGGGGAUCAAAUACUUUUUUCCCUCACUGUAUAUUAUAAAGAAAACACGAUAAAUAAGAAAUAAGAGAGGAAGCUACAUACAGGGUCAGUGCCAGUACCAAAUGUACAAUGUGAAGUGAUACUGGAGUAUUGAGGUAUAUAUGUACAUUUAGGCAGGAAUUAGGAUAAAGUGACUGGUAGCAGGAUAAAUAAUAAUAAUAAUAAUAAAAUUAAUAAUAGUAAACAGUAUGGCAGGGGCAUUAGUGGUGUGUGUGUGUGUGUGUGUGUGUUGGAGAUUUUUCAGUUAAGCACAGUUAUUCACAACAUGACAAGCUAACAAUGCAUAGUUAAUCACAACGUGACAUAGCUAAGCACGGUGCAAAAGAUAGAGGUCUGAAACAGAGCCAGGAAAUGGCUCAGGAAAUGGACCUACAAUUUCUUAGGAUGAAUUGAGGCUCAGAAAAUGGACCUGCUAUGUUUAAGAAUCAAUUCAAGGGUUAGAACAGAGACAGGAAAUGGCUCUGUUAUUUUUCACAUAACAGGGCUUGGUCCCGCCCCCAUUGUUUCAUAAAACAGGUUGAAUAGAAGGAAAAUAAGUCAGAUUGCGCCACUAUUAUAAAAUAAGGAAGUCGGCGGAGCGGUCAAGAUGUGAAAACUUGGAAACAAUGGUGGAGGAUCUAAACAGGGAGGGAUUAAGGUAAAAAGGUGUGUAAUAUGAGCGAGGAUGAAACUGUAUAAAUUAUAAACAGAGAGUUAGAGGUGGAGAGUUAGUUGCUCUGCAGACCAUCUCGGCUCUAUUGCUUGUGAAAUAAAGUCUAUCUUAAUUCUACAAAAACUCUGGAAGUACUUUGUGUUUUACUGAGGAUCAGGACAAUUUUCUACAACAAUAUACAUGUUAACAGGGCUGACAAGUGACUGGUAGCUGGAAUAUAUAAUUACUGAUGGUAAUAUACUAGUGGUAAUAUAUACACUGUGUACAAAACAUUAGGAUCACCUUCCUAAUAUUCAGUUACACCCCCUUUUGCCAUCAAAACAGCCUCAAUUCAUCAGGUCAUGGACUCUAAAUGGUGUCGAAAGCUUUCCACUGGGAUGCUGGCCAAUGCUUGUCUCCAAUGCUUCCCACAGUUGUGUCAAGUUGGCUGGAUGUCCUUUGGGUGGUGGGCCAUUCUUGAUACACACAGGACACUGUUAAGCGUGGAAAAACCCAGCAGCGUUGCAGUUCUUGAUACACUCAAACCGGUUUGCCUGGCACUUACUUCCAUACCCCGUUCAAAGUUAGUUAAAUAUUCUGUCUUGCCCAUUCACCCUCUGAAUGGCACACAAACACAAUCCAUGUCUCAAUUGUCUCAAGGCUUAAAAACCUAUUUAUCCCGUCUCCUCCCCUUCAUCUACACUGACUGAAGUGGAUUUAAGGAUCAUAGCUUUCACCUGGGUUCACCUGGUCAGUCUAUGUCAUGGAAAGAGCAGGUGUUCCUAAUGUUUUGUAAACUCAGUGUACAUGUACACAAGAGUAACAGUGACAAGUAGCAGGAUAAAAUAGAUAGGUACUAAUGGUAAUGGCAAUCAAUAAUCAAUGAACAGCAGCGUUGUGGUAGUAAUACAUCGAAUCAAUAAUCAUUUUAGCAGCAGCUUAGGUGUGAGGGGGAGCAUUAUUAGCCAUUUAACAGUCUUAUGGUCAGGGGAUAGAAGCUGUUUAGUAGUCUUGGUCUGAGCCUGGAGAACAGUCCAUGUCUCAGAUGGCUGGAGUCUGGCAAUUUUAUGGGCCUUUCUCAGACACUGGCAUUCUAGGUCAUUCUAGGUCAUUGUGGUCCUCUGUAGCUCAGCUGGUAGAGCACGGCGCUUGUAACGCCAGGGUAGUGAGUUCGAUCCCCGGGACCACCCAUACACAAAAAUGUAUGCACGCAUGACUGUAAGUUGCUUUGGAUAAAAGCGUCUGCUAAAUGGCAUAUUAUUAUUAUAUUAUUAUUGCUAGAGUGCGACUAUUUGUGACAAAAGUAGAAAGUGCCUUAAGGUGUGAGUGUGUGCAAAUACGGUUACUGAAUGUGCCUGCGAUAAUUGUGUUAGCACUUCUCUAACAACAUCCUCUCCGCCCCCGCUUUUAUUGUAUUUUAAUUUCCUGGGAGCGUAUGAAAACAGAUCAACUAAACAAGAGGAUGCUUCCUCCCACUCAUAUAUAUAAUGUUGUGUAAACUUUACAGUAGCAGGUGGCAGAACGACUUGAGCAAUUCUCCCUCUUUCUAUCAGAACAAGAGCUCAUUCUAAUCUAAGAAUAAUCAAAAUGAAUUAAAGAAGUAAAGAAUUUCCUCUUUGAUUUGAUUAGGGAAUAACAAAAAGCUGUAGUCUACACUGUUUGUUGGAUCAGCUGACAGCAGCUGUGUGUGUGUGUGUGUGUGUGUGUGUGUGUGUGUGUGUGUGUGUGUUGCCUUGCAGGAGAGGAGAUGGCUGCAGAAGGACACACUGCAGCUCAACACCUACGUUGCUUUGUUUACAUUCACUCCCCAGGAGAGUGAAGACCUGGAGAUGAGGUCAGUGGUAUAUACACACAGACAAACACACACACACACACACACAGACACAAACACACUCACUCCCUCUUUCUCUCGCCAAGGUGAUAUUAUUUUUGUGACUGGCCCCUAAUUUUGGUGGCAAAUUGUGAUGGACAUAAGCUUCAGUAGACCCACACAUCUACACACACUUAAGCUGUCCGUUAACCUGGUAGCAGGCAUCAAUGGCCAGUCAGUCACACAUUGCCGCUGUCUCGCUUUUGUAAUAGUUGCAAAAACAGUGUUAUAAAUAGUCUGACUGAUUUAUGGGACUGCUUAGUUUAAACUCUCUUAUCUGCAAGGGCCAAAAGCUCCUACUAGCUCACUGUCAGAAUGGGUUGUUUGAUUGGUUUCUGAAGGGCCUUGGCCUUGCCUGGACGUUUCCUGCAUUUUCUUUAUAAAACCAUGGCGUUAACAAUUACCUUCUCUUGAAUAUAGAACACACACGCUGUGUUUACCCCGAUAAGCAGGCAGACAUCACUGAAUGCACGCUGUAAUCACUGCUCAAUAGAUAUCAGGUCUUUGCCAGUGUUAUUCUCUAAUACAACAUGAACAAACAUUGUCUGUUUUGUUAUGCAUGACAAUUAAAUUGUCUGUGUUUUGUGUGUGGUCUCCUGCUUGUACUUUGCUCAGUUUAACGACCAUAAGGCAGGUAGCUUAGUGGUUAAGAGCGUUGUGCCAGUAACCGAAAGGUUGCUGGUUCUAAUCCCCGAGCCAACUAGGUGAAAAAUCUGUCGAUGUGCCCUUGAGCAAGGCACUUAACCCUAACUGCUCCUGUAAGUCGCUCUGGAUAAGAGCGUCUGCUAAAUUACCAAUUUAUUUAUAAGACUAUCUCUUAAUCAUAAACCAGGCAUAAACCCACAUGAAUUCAUUAGAUUAUCGGUACAUAAAUAUGGUUAUGAUUUGACCCGAUUCAUUAGAUUAUUAAGAUAUUGUUACAUAAAUAUGGUUGCGAUUUGACCCAAUUCAUUGGAUUCUAAAGAUAUUAUUACAUAAAUAUGGUUGCGAUUUGACCCAAUUCAUUGGAUUCUAAAGAUAUUGUUACAUAAAUAUGGUUGCGAUUUGACCCAAUUCAUUGGAUUCUAAAGAUAUUGUUACAUAAAUAUGGUUGCGAUUUGACCUGCGAUUUGACCCGAUUCAUUAGAUUAUAAAGAUAUUGUUACAAAAAUAUGGUUAUGAUUUCACCGAAUUACAAUAUGAUGUGAUAAAAAGACAAUACCUGAUGGUUUAUUGCUUAUUAUAAACUGUGGUUCGAGCCCUGAAUGCUGAUUUGGGUUGACAGCCGUGGUAUAUCAGACCAUAUACGACGGGUAUGACAAAAAAAGUAUUUUUACUGCUCUAAUUACGUUGGUAACCAGUUUAUAAUACAAUAAGGCAUCUCGGGGGUUUGUGGUAUAUCGCCAAUAUACUGUACCACGGCUAAGGGCUAUAUCCAGGCACUCAGCGUUGCGUCGUGCUUAAGACCAGUCCUUAGCCGUGGUAUAAUGGCCAUAUUCCACACCCACUCGGGCCUUAUUGCUUAAUGAGACAAAUAUCAAUGUCUCUGUGAUAUUUUCUGGAACCUGUGGAAAGCUGCCAACCCACUGGGCACAUUGAAUCAAUGUUGUUUCCAUGUCAUUUCAAUUAAAUUACGUUGAACCAACGUGGAAUAGACGUUUAAUUGACGUCCGUGUGGGAAUCGUCUGGACUACGUAAAUGUUAACAUAUAGGGCACCCUUUUUUUUAUUGUCACUUUGCAAUUGGCCCUUAAGAAAUAAGAGUUUCUCUCUCAACAGCCCUUGGCCCUAAGUAUCCAUUUUACUCCAUCGUUCCCUUAGUAAUCCAGUCUCUCAGACGCUCCAAUCGUCUGAGAUUCUCCUCCUUGCUCCCCAGAAAGACUUCAAUCAUCCCACACUUAAUUUGAAAUUCAUUCACACCCACAUCACAGCAUGACUCCCAGCCCACAAAUAGCUGCUGUGCAGUUGGGUGAUGCUGCAAGUGUUGUUUUAAAUCAUCUCCUAUGAAAGCCAAGCUAGACGGGCUCAAGGUCUCAGGAUCCCAUUACAGACCAUAAUCAACACUUCAGACAGACACACCAAAUCACAUUGUACUGUAGACUUUAAAGGCACCCUCAUCAAAAGGCGGGGAAAUGUCAAUCUCUUUUUACAUUACAUGUUGUGACACCUGGCUUGUGAUAACUUUCUUCUGCGUAAUUUGUUAUUAGUCUACUGCUACAUGACGAUGAUGGUGAUGAUACUAUAAAAGCACGAUUCCAAACAUAUUUCGAUUGGCAAUAUAUUUAAUAAACCAACAUUUUCCAUAUUUUUUUAUAAUAGAAAGAUCUCAAUAGACAACAAUUUUUAACAUGUUCAAACUAAAAGGACAGCGCUUUUCCUCUCACAGACCUGAUUCAAUAGACAGGAUAUUUUAAAGAGGCAUUAUGACUGUAGGAGGCGAGUCAUAAUUGAAACAACAUUAUUUCAGGUUUGUCUUUCUUAUUAUCAGAUUAAAUCUAAUUUACAGCACCAGAGACAUUGAUUUUUAAUAUGCAAUUUAUUUCUAAUUUAGACCCGGAGACAGAAUCGUACUGGCGGACGACUCCAAUGAUGACUGGUGGAAGGUAUGUAUUUAAGUGGAAGACAGCUAGUACUGACAUUUAAACCACUACACUACACCAGUCCAGGGCCGGCGUUAUGGGCGGGCCUUUGGGGGCCCGGCCUACCGUACAUCCUUACCCAUCCAAAUAAAAUGUUGAAAUAUUGAUCAGUUAUUUGACCGAGAUGCGCGCCAACAGACAGACUCAUCAAUCUCAUUUAAAACAUCAGAGCGAGCGAAACAGCACCCCUCUGUCUCAGUAUGUGUAGACCAUGUGUAGACCAUGUUAUGGUGCGUCUCUCUCCGGAAUACAUGCAUACAGUAUGUAGGACCAGCUCAGCUGGUAGAGCACGGCGCUUGUAACGCCAAGGUAGUGGGUUCGAUCCCUGGGACCACCCAUACACAAAAAUUUAUGCACGCAUGACUGUAAGUCACUUUGGAUAAAAGCGUCUGCUAAAUGGCAUAUUAUUAUUAUUAUUAGGAAAGGGCCCAUUUGGCAAUGACUGAUUUGUCUGAUUGUCAUAAUUCACUAUGUACACCACUUUUCUUCGCCUCACACAAGUCAACAAAGUCUGUUUUUUUUAACAUCCAUUGCGAAUAAUAGUUCCUCAGUAUUUGAAAAAUCUUUCCAACACUCCCUGCCUCGAUAAUCACCAAGCCUCGGUGUGAAAGAGCAAAAUAUCAUGAUCUGAUGAUUCCAUAUAUCCAGUGGAAACGUCAUUAAAAAAAAAACAUAUUUCUGUCCUGAGCUCACUGGCGCAGGAAACUCUGAGGGCCCAGAAUGGGAUAGUUGAUACAAUGUUGCAAGUUCGCUAGCUACAGCUUCAAGCCAGACCAAGUGAUAAUUUUAUAUAAUGUUGCACUUCACUAGUAAUAGCUCAAGUCAAGACAGAUAGAAAGGGAGGCAGACAUGCGGAAUAGAGAGAUUGAAAGAACCAGAAUUUUCAUCAGGAUAUUUUCUACUGUUUGUAUUUGUUUGCUUUAGGCCUACAGUGAGGGAAAAAAGUAUUUGAUCCCCUGCUGAUUUUGUACGUUUGCCCACUGACAAAGAAAUUAUCAGUCUAUAAUUUUAAUGGUAGGUUUAUUUGAACAGUGAGAGACAGAAUAACAACAAAAAAAUCCAGAAAAACGUAUGUCAAAAAUGUUAUAAAUUGAUUUGCAUUUUAAUGAGGGAAAUAAGUAUUUGACCCCUCUGCAAAACAUGACUUAGUACUUGGUGGCAAAACCCUUGUUGGCAAUCACAGAGGUCAGACGUUUCUUGUAGUUGGCCACCAGGUUUGCACACAUCUCAGGAGGGAUUUUGUCCCACUCCUCUUUGCAGAUCUUCUCCAAGUCAUUAAGGUUUCGAGGCUGACGUUUUUCGAGGCUGACGUUUGGCAACUCGAACCUUCAGCUCCCUCCACAGAUUUUCUAUGGGAUUAAGGUCUGGAGACUGGCUAGGCCACUCCAGGACCUUAAUGUGCUUCUUCUUGAGGCACUCCUUUGUUGCCUUGGCCGUGUGUUUUGGGUCAUUGUCAUGCUGGAAUACCCAUCCACGACCCAUUUUCAAUGCCCUGGCUGAGGGAAGGAGGUUCUCACCCAAUAUUUGACGGUAUAUGGCCCCGUCCAUCGUUCCUUUGAUGCAGUGAAGUUGUCCUGUCCCCUUAGCAGAAAAACACCCCCAAAGCAUAAUGUUUCCACCUCCAUGUUUGACGGUGGGGAUGGUGUUCUUGGGGUCAUAGGCAGCAUUCCUCCUCCUCCAAACACGGCGAGUUGAGUUGAUGCCAAAGAACUCCAUUUUGGUCUCAUCUGACCACAACACUUUCACCCAGUUCUCCUCUGAAUCAUUCAGAUGUUCAUUGGCAAACUUCAGACGGACAUGUAUAUGUGCGUUCUUGAGCAGGGGGACCUUGCGGGCGCUGCAGGAUUUCAGUCCUUCACGGCGUAGUGUGUUACCAAUUGUUUUCUUUGUGACUAUGGUCCCAGCUGCCUUGAGAUCAUUGACAAGAUCCUCCCGUGUAGUUCUGGGCUGAUUCCUCACCGUUCUCAUGAUAAUUGCAACUCCACGAGGUGAGAUCUUGCAUGGAGCCCCAGGCCGAGGGAGAUUGACAGUUAUUUUGUGUUUCUUCCAUUUGCGAAUAAUCGCACCAACUGUUGUAACCUUCUCACCAAGCUGCUUGGCGAUGGUCUUGUAGCCCAUUCCAGCCUUGUGUAGGUCUACAAUCUUGUCCCUGACAUCCUUGGAGAGCUCUUUGGUCUUGGCCAUAGUGGAGAGUUUGGAAUCUGAUUGAUUGAUUGCUUCUGUGGACAGGUGUCUUUUAUACAGGUAACAAACUGAGAUUAGGAGCACUCCCUUUAAGAGUGUGCUCCUAAUCUCAGCUCGUUACCUGUAUAAAAGACACCUGGGAGCCAGAAAUCUUUCUGAUUGAGAGGGGGUCAAAUACUUAUUUCCCUCAUUAAAAUGCUAAUCAAUUUAUAACAUUUUUGACAUGCGUUUUUCUUGAUUUUUUUGUUGUUAUUCUGUCUCUCACUGUUCAAAUAAACCUUCCAUUAAAAUUAUAGACUGAUCAUUUCUUUGUCAGUGGGCAAACAUACAAAAUCAGCAGGGGAUCAAAUACUUUUUUCCCUCACUGUAUGUAUUUUAUUUAGUUGACGAUGGAAGUUAUAGGCCUACUACUCUAUCUCUAUGCUGUCAUUUCUUAGCCGCCAGUGGAUCAGUGUGUCCAUAUGGCAGAGGCUUGUGCUCUCGCCAUAGUUUAAUUUUACUUCAGAUCUUUAUGAUUAACCACAUGACAAUGAUUUUGAAAAACAAAAACGUUAUUAUUGAAAUGAAACUGUUCCACAAAAAAUAAUCAUAACUGGCACGCAGAUCGGUAGAAAUGGUAGGAUAAAUUGUCAGCUUCCCCAAACUUGAAACUCACGAGCUGCCUAUGGUCUUUACUAUUCCACCCAUUAAAACAUUUGUGAACGCUCAAGCGGGUGCACACAUAGGAGGUCCCGUGGAAAAAUGUGCCCACCUAUGGAAAUCAAAUGCCUCUCCAACUGAUUCGUUCUGGCGCCGGGUCUGCACCUGUCUGCUGCCAUGUUAGUGUGACCUGUAGAUGUGAUAGUGUAUAAUGUUUCCUCUGGAUGAUGGAUCUAGGGCAUGAUCGAGGACAGGAUCGGUUUCUUCCCAGCAGCCUUUGCUCACCAGGUGAAGACCGGGGACAGAGUGUUCAGGUGUCACCGGACGUUCAUCGGCUGUAAGGGGCAAGGCCAGAUCACUCUGAAGGAGGGUCAGGUAUGUGAUCUCACUUUUACGCACAAUACAUGAUUAUUGUGGCCUGGCUGGUUGAGUGGUAAUGCCGAGGCAUCCGGCACGCAUGUUUACAGUGUCGGCAUAGGUUUGAAUCUGGCCUUCUGCCCUUUGAGACAACCUCUCUCUAUCUUGCUAUCUUUCUAUCUUGCUAUGUCUAUCUUCCUAUCUCUCUAUCUUGCUAUCUCUAUCUUCCUAUCUCUCUAUCUUGCUAUCUCUAUCUUGCUAUCUCUAUCUUUCUAUCUCUCUAUCUUGCUAUGUCUAUCUUCCUAUCUCUCUAUCUUGCUAUCUCUAUCUUUCUAUCUCUCUAUCUUGCUAUCUCUAUCUUUCUAUCUCUAUUUUCCCUCUCUAUCUCUCUAUCUUUCCUGUCAUCCUCUAUCUGUAUCUCUCUAAUAAAAUCAGAAAAUACCUUAAAAGCUUUUUAAACCAUACGAUAAUUAUGUCAAACUAUUUGUGACUAAAAAGUACCCAAUUAUCCCCAAUUGAACUAAUAUACAAGCAAACAUGAUUGUUAUCUAUUGUUAAAGAAUUGUAUAGUUAGUCCCUUAAAUGUUUCCAUGUAUUACUUUACUUGCUGCAGUUCAUGUUUAAGCCCCAGAUACAAGUGGACAUCAGACACAGUUCAUCCUCUCACCAAUUCCCAUAGGCAAUGGGAGUCCUGGGCACUCAGUCCAAAGACUCUCUCCCGGAACAUUCACUUCAAAGGAUGGACCUGAGCUGGCCAAUUGGUAGUCCCCCGCUCUCAGCAGUUUCCAUGGCAUUACCAUUUUGGCAUGGCAAAUGGCUUUGCCGCCUCAAAUCCUUUUCCCACAAUGCUUUGCAUGGGCAUUUUAGGAUUCAGAGGAGAGUUCAUGCUAGUAACCCCCAAUGGAGAUGCAUCCAUUCCUAACACUUUGAAGAUGAGUCAGUGACCUCAUAGCUCUGCCUCCAUCCCCAAUGAGUAGCAACAUCCGCUGUUUCCAGUCACACAGCCAUUCACACUACCCCUCAGCAGCUGUAUCAAAGACUAUUCAAACUACCCCUCUGCAGCUCUAUCAAAGAUUAUUCAAACUACCCCUAUGCAGCUGUAUCAAAGACUAUUCAAACUACCCCUCUGCAGCUCUAUCAAAGAUUAUUCAAACUACCCCUAUGCAGCUGUAUCAAAGACUAUUCAAACUACCCCUAUGCAGCUGUAUCAAAGACUAUUCAAACUACCCCUCAGCAGCUGUAUCAAAGACUAUUCAAACUACCCCUCUGUAGCUGUAUCAAAGACUAUCAGGCCAAUACAGACAGGUGUCAUUGUUGUUUGGUGGGAUAAUUAUAUAUUUCUUACAGCCCCUUAGGGCCACCGUGCAUUGUUAAUUUAAUGUGUUAAAAUGUGUUUUGUUUGUACAACAAGCAACCAAAUCACGAGAGCAUUUUUCACUGUUUCAUCAGAUUUGUGUAAGCGGUGAGGAUGAACACAGUGGCUUCAUCCGAGUGGCCAGUGGAAAGAAGAGAGGCUACGUGCCCUGCGAUGUCCUGGAGAACAUC